AGAACCCCUAGAUGCUGGCCAAGCCACGCACCGUCGAACACGACCUACGGGUGGAGAACGUGUGUGUCUCAACACCUCUCAACUGUUAACAGCAAUGUAGGACAUUGUACAAGACAGGAGCGUUAAAAAGAUCUGAAUUUGAAUUGGGGCUCGGUUCAAAACCAGCCUUCCCUUAAACCUAGAGAUGGCAAACGAUGGACGAUUAAUGGUGGAGGUAGGACCAUAGGAAGGUAGACAUCAAGAAUGGACCUGGUGGGAAAAGGGAACACUUGUGCAAGCCAGACGGAGCUGUCUAUUGCAGAGGUUCUGCACACUGACACUUCUAUGCACACCCUAGUUGUCCUGGUUACUUUCCGGAUACCAGUGCCUACUUGAUUACCAAGAUCGGUUUAUAUGGGGGAAAAUCGUCCGGUGCCAAUUAAGCAGUGACCCACUUGAUGAAGAUUUCUACAAUAUCCUCGGGAUACUAGACCAAGAUGGUCGUCUUGUGUGAGAUUCUGUUAUCAAGUCCUCCACUUCAGCUUAAUAUUGCCCGACUACCGGUACGGGAACUUGUGUGCGUGUCACGGACUUCGGAAGUUGAAUGCAAGGUCCUUCCGUUGUGUUGAAAAUCUACAGAAAAGAUUUAAAAGAAACAGUGAAACAUGGCACAGACCCUGGCAACUCAAGACAGUGUAGUUGCCUCUACUGGUAUGGGUCCAAGAUUAGACCUCUCCCAGCCUCGUUGGGACCAGACUACCUUUGUGGGCAGGUUGAAACACUUCUUCAAUGUCACCGAUCCAAGAACAGUGAUUUGCAGUGACAAACAACUGUAUGCUGCAAGGGACUUGAUCAAUGACUACAAGGUGGGUCUAGAACCCCCAGGUACAACAGAGGAACAGCUUUGGUACGCUCAGAAGCUGUACAUGUCGGCUUUUCACCCAGACUCUGGGGAGAAGAUGAAUCUUAUAGGCAAGAUGUCCUUUCAAGUACCAGGUGGUAUGGCCAUCACAGGAGCGAUGCUACAAUGGUACAAAACAAUGCCUGCUGUGGUAUUUUGGCAGUGGAUUAACCAGUCAUUCAACGCACUUGUCAACUACACCAAUAGGAACGCAGCCUCAUCCAUUACCAACCGGGAAAUUGGCUUGGCGUAUGUCACAGCAACAAGUAGUGCCUUGGUGACUGCGCUUAGUCUCAACUCACUCACAAAGAAAUCCCCACCCCUCAUAGCCCGAUAUGUCCCCUUUGCUGCCGUAGCAGCAGCCAACUGUGUCAAUAUUCCUAUGAUGCGGCAGAAGGAAAUUGUUUCUGGGAUUGUGGUCUGUGAUGAGAAAGGCAGAGAACUUGGCAAAUCAAAAAAAGCAGCAAGGAAAGGCAUAACACAGGUCGUCACAUCUCGGAUCAUCAUGGCAGCUCCUGGAAUGUGUGUGCUCCCUGUGAUCAUGGAAAGACUGCUCAGAUAUCCCUGGUUCAGAAGAGUCUCAGUUCUACACGGACCAUUCCAAGUGAUGGCUGUUGGCUGCUUUUUGCUCUUUAUGACGCCAACAGCCUGUGCUCUCUUUCCUCAGCGAUGUUCCAUGGCAGUCAGUAAUCUUGAGCCAGAUCUUCAAGCAUCAAUCAGAGCAGAAUAUGGAGAUGCAAUCCAGAGAGUUUACUUCAAUAAAGGAUUGUAACAUGAAGUCGUCAUUUAGUUCAGUCAUUCCAGUAUUUGAAAAUGUUGCAUAAUAUGCUUCCUACUGAAAGCUUUAUCAUUUAAUUUUGAUACGAGGACUUGGCUCAUGCGCACAAAUACAUUGUCAGCAAUGAAAUUGAAAGUUGAACGUAGUAUUGAUGGACACUUCAGUACCAUAGCUGCUGUACACUCAUUCAAGGCUGCGUUUUUGUCAUGCACAAAUGCAACAUGGUUGUACACAUUCAACUGAAAAAUUUAAUUUGCAUACUUUUUUCAUCAUACAUGUAUGUAGGAACUAAGGCAAUGUGUUUUUCGCUACCUUUCCUCAUUUGCCCAGCUUCAGUGUACCUCUCUGUUGGAAACUGCACAGUGGUAUCCACAAACCAAAGAUUUUGGCACUGGCUAAUUUUUGAAGUGCUCUUAUUGGACAAUUUGUGUGUGUUGACUUCUGGGAGAGAUCACAGCCUGUGUACAUAUUGACCAAAUAGCAAUCAACAAAUGCUUUUCUUGUCAAUCUGUUGUUUGUGUCUGUCAUGUUUCACUUACCCAUAAUGCAUUCUGUUAGAAGAUUCUUGAACGUCUCGUACAGUCUUGGUACAAGUAGUCAGCAGGUGUAGACUAAUUGGAUGGCUGAUUGGAUGGAUGAUACUAAGAAUAGUUAAAGAUAGGGAAAACGUUGGUUUGAGCAUGGAGGAAGGACACAGAAGGAGUUACAACUCUGGCACAUCAAAGUGCUCAAUGAUCAUCGCCGCCCAG